AAUAUCAAUAGAGCUCAAAUGACACGUGGAAAUGAGGUGGACAAAUGAUUUUGAUAUUUUCGUAUAGCUUGCAUAAAGUCUAAUUUCAACACCACCAAGAAACACCCAUUUAUCUCUAUCCCCGAUUGGAGGGUGGACUUGUUAAUUUGCAUAAUUUAGGGCACAGAGGUGAAGAUGGAUCAGGUGUUGAACAAGGUCGGAUCAUACUGGUUCAGUAAAAAAGCUUCCAAGGAGCUCAGUUCCGUUGGUGAUGACUUUAACUCUGUAUCCAGCAGUAUUGAAGGAGGAACAAAAUGGCUGGUCAACAAAAUCAAAGGGAAAAUGCAAAAGCCACUACCAGAGCUGCUCAAGGAGUAUGACCUGCCAGUAGGUAUCUUUCCUCGUGAUGCAACCAACUACGAGUUCAACGAGGAGACAAGAAAACUGACUGUCUACAUACCUGCAAUAUGCGAAGUGGGUUACAGGGACUCAUCAGUCUUGCGAUUUCUCACUAUUGUGACUGGAUAUUUGGAGAAAGGAAAGCUAGCUGAUAUAGAGGGAAUUAAAACAAAAGUGAUGAUUUGGACAAAAGUAACUUGCAUCUCUUGUGAAGGACCAAAGCUGCAAGUCACAGCUGGGAUGAAGAAAACCAGAAAGAGAGAGGCUUAUGAGGUUCUCAGAGAUGGAAUUGGCGUUGAUAAAUUCUAAAGUAGUUAAGAUUUGUGCUCAGUAUAUUUGCAUGUGUUCUAUGUGAUCAUUCCUGGUGAUAACAUUUGUACCAACCGAACUAAAGACCUGUUUUUUUUAUGCAUCAUCGACUACUCGUAUUAGUUAAUGUACUCUUAAAUGCUGCAAAGAAAUUGUUUUAUGUUUUUUUUA